CCCCCACCCCGGAUGGACGGACGGACAGACAGAUGAGGUGCUGGUGCCCCCGUUCCCUCAAGAAGCCACACUGGACUCCGUGGGCAGGCCUGCCCGUGUUCCCAGAGGCCACGCGAUGGCAAACCACCUGUUGUUGUUUUUUAAGGCUUUGUUGCAGGGUUGCUUUUGCCCCCCCCCCUCAAACCUUGAGAGCAGAACCUUUUUAGCCUAAAACCAAACCCCCUGAAUCUACUUGGAAGAGAGGCUGGCUAGCUGGCUGGCAUACCUGGGACUUCUCUGCCACAGCCAGCUAGGCGACCCCAGGAGCCCGUGGCAACGGCCAUGAGAAAAUGCAUCUUCCCUGAGCAGGUGCAGAGUGCCUUUUCCUCAUCGCAGACCAACCUAACCUGCCCCACCACCACCACCGUGCAACAAAGAUUCCACUUGUGUCUCUCAGUCUGGAUUGUGCCCCAGCUCCUCUCUUUCUAGGGGCAAGGAGGGAAGAACCCUGGAGGAAGGGGCAGCCCUGCUCUAGAGUGUGCUGCGGACCCUCACAAUUCUGCCAGUCAAGGACCUGACCAGCAGCCAUGAAGACACGGCUUAUCCUACAAGCCCUCAUGGUGUAACACAGGCCAUCUGUAGCAGAAGCCAUCUCUCUGUUGCCCCAGAGUCAUAUGCAAGUGUCAGCAGGAUCAUGAGCAGCAGAUAAGCCUGCAGCAAUCCCUGCUAGCUGGAUCUUCUUUAUAUGCUGUAUAGAUACAUUCACCAUCUCUGGCUUAUUUCCUCUUGUUUUCCACUUUGUGGAUGCAGGUGGAAAGACCAGGUAAAGUCUAUUUCAGUUAAUGACAUAAAUGUUUACCCGGCCCAUCAUCCUUGCGUCACAAUAUGACACAAGCCUGCGGGACGGUACAUCCAUGCCACCCACCGCAAUGGUGUGACAGAGCCUCAUAUGCACUCGUCAGCUCAGCAACCCAUGCCUUCUGCUGCUCUAUGCGAUACGCCUACACAGCCUGGUGCCCGCACUCCUCUGUCGUCGUUGGAACUGCUGUUAGAAAGUCUUGGCAUGAAAGAAGAACCACCAUUUCUUUGGGAGAACAUGAGCUUUGUGUUGAUACGAACCACAGUCACCAGCAGACACAGGAAGUAAAACUGUGCUCUCAUCAGACUGCUUUGCAUUGUGGCUGCACACUAGCAGCAGCCCAAGAAGAAGCGCCGCAGUUCCUCCACGGAGACCCUCGAAAACCAGAAGGGCAGAGGAGACUCCAUCUCUUUCCAGAUCUUCCCUCCUGAACUGCUGUACUACAUCACUUCCUUCUUGCCGGUGAAGGACAUCAUUGCUCUGGGCCAGACCUGCCGGUAUUUCCAUGAGGUCUGCGACAGUGAGGGGGUCUGGCGGCGCAUCUGCCACCGUCUCUCCUCCCGGCUGCGGGACGAGAACAUGGGCGGAAAUCGACCGUGGAAGAGAUCGGCCAUCCUCAACUAUGUUCAGUGGUCGCCGGCACUUUGUCAGCAAGACGGUGGCCCCACUUUUCUCGCAUGGCUACCGUAAGUUCCUGGCCACGAAGGACCAUGUCUUCAUCCUGGACUACAACGGCACCCUCUUCUUCUUCAAGAAUGCUCUGGUCUCCUCCAGUCUGGGCCACGUCCAGUGGCGUCGGGCCUGCCGCUUUAUGUUGCUAUGCCGCACUGCCAAGGAUUUUGCCACGGACCCUCGGAGCGACACGGUGUAUCGCAAGUACCUGUACGUCCUGGCGACCCGGGAGCAGCCGGUCGCGGGUGCCACGAAGCGUGGCGAGGGCUCUGGUGUGGCUCCUGCCAGCAGCCGCCUUUGCGAUUGCGUGGAGGUCUAUUUGCAAUCCAGCGGACAGCGGGUGUUCAAGAUGACCUUCCACUUCUCCAUGAAGUUCAAGCAGAUUGUGCUGGUGGGGCAGGAGACAGAGAGGUCACUCUUGCUCCUGACAGAGGAAGGGAAGAUCUACAGCCUCGUGGUGAACGAGACCCAGCUGGACCAGCCGCGCUCCUACACGGUGCAGCUGGCGCUGCGCAAAAUCUCCAAGUGCCUUCCUCACCUUUCCGUCUGCAACAUGCACUCCAACCAGAGCAGCACAGUCUACCUCACAAAUGAGGGCACGGUCUAUUUUGAGGUCCACUCGCCCGGGGUUUACCGAGAUCUUUUUGGCACCCUGCAUGCCUUUGACCCCCUGGACCAGCAGAUGCCCUUGGCUGUCUCCCUCCCUGCCAAGGUGCUCAGCUGUGCCCUGGGCUACAACCACCUGGGGCUCAUGGAUGAAUUUGGCCGGAUUUUCAUGCAAGGGAACAACCGCUAUGGUCAGCUGGGCACGGGUGACAAGAUCGACCGUGGAGAGCCAGCCCAGGUGCACUACCUCAAGUGUCCUGUCGACCUCUGGUGUGGCCUCAACCACACCCUGGUGCUGAGCCAGAGCGUGGUGGAUUUCAGCAAGGACCUGAUGGGCUGCGGCUGUGGAGCUGGGGGGCGCCUCCCCGGAUGGCCCAAAGGCAGCGCUUCGUUCGUUCGCCUGCAGAUCAAGGUCCCACCGUGCGUCCGCCGCGUCUGCUCCACCCGUGAGUGCCUCUAUAUGCUGUCCAGCCACGACAUUGAGGAGGCCGACGCCUACCGUGACCUGCCCGCCAGCAAGGCCGGAGUGCCACCCAGUGACAUGGAAUCCCUCGCUGCCCGGUCAUGCGAGGAGUACCUGAGCCAACUGCACAAGUGCCCGACGCUGGAAGGGCGCACGGCCAUCAUGAAGGAAGCCGUCGGCAGCAUGCCCCUCAUGACGUUCCAGAAGGAUUUUUUCUGGGAAGCUUUGGACAUGAUCCAACAGGCAGCUAGACUGCGAGAAGCCCCUCCUUCCAGCUAGGCCACAGAUCAUGCUUUCUUUUCACCCCCUUCCUGCUGACCCUGAUUUUCACCCCCCCAGCCCCCUCCCCCGCUUAUACACCUCUUGAAUCAUGAUUAACAGAUAGAGAAGACUUCACCCUGAACCACUGAGAGUAAAUAAACCACAGACCUGACACAGUUGU